UCCACGACUAAACCAGAAAGAAACUAAAUCCUUGUCAAAGUUACACAUAGACAUAUUCCAAGUCAAUGUUAUUCAGCUAUUUUCAAGUGUGUGACUUCAAAAUAUAUAUAUGUUAUACACUUUAUAUAAGCCCUUUCAAUAUCUACUAUAUCAUUUAUUCUUUUAAUUCUUUAAUUUUACAUCUUCUUCUUCCUUCAAGCUCCUAAUUCAAUUAAUUAUGGCUAAAAUAUGUCCAGAAUUAAUGUUACAACAAUCUUCUCCUUCAUCAUCGUCGUCGUCGUCAUCGCCUUAUAUUAAAUCUACAAGAGAAACAUUUACUAUAUGGAUGAAAUCUUUAGUUUUCCAUGGAAAUGGAUGUACUGUUUUUAAUUCCAAAGGUGAAAUUGUUUUUAGAGUUGAUAAUUACCAAGAAAGUUGUAGAGAUGAAGUUUGUAUCAUGGAUCUCAAAGGCCAAGUUCACUUCUCAAUUAAAAGAGAGAAACUAAGAGUUUUUGGUCGUUGGAAUGGAUAUGGAUCAUGUGGUGAAAUAAAAGGGAGACCAUUAUUUCAAGUAAAAAGGAAUUGUGAUAUUUUUUCAAGAGAAAAUAUCAUUUGUAAUUUUGGGUCAUGUGAUGAAAAUAAUGUAGGAAUAAAUUGCUACAAGAUUCAACAAUUUGAUAGAAAUUCAUCAUAUAAAGUUACAAAUUCUACUGGCCAAGUUGUUGCAGAGGUAAAACAAAAGCAAUCAUCAAGAGGAUUUGGGUAUGGUGAAGAUGUGUUAACUUUAGAAGUGGAACCCAAUAUAGAUCACUCACUAAUUGUGGCUUUUGUAAUAGUAUGUGGAUUGAUUCAUGGCAAAUUAUGAACAAAUAUUGUAACAUUAUGUUGAUGACAAUAACAUACUAACCCCACAACAAAUUCCUAUAAAAUUUCUUGAUUUGUUCGUA